AUUAGAAAAUGGAAAAGAGAAACAUAGCGUUAAGAAACGAGAAGGAGUUGUUUAGCAAUUAGCAUCGUCUUCUCCAAAACAAGAUCCAGUAAUAUAACUGCACCUCCUGGCCUUUCUGGCUCCGCCAGUGUUAUAACUCAUUGAGUGAAGAAGAGAGAAUGGUUGAUUUGAAGUAGUAAUUGUAUCGUAAUCAGUAAAUGGGUAUGGGUUGGGGAAGAGGAAUAUUCGAAGGUUCGGUAGUGCUGGGAUGUCUGUGUUCACUUGGUUGGGCAGGUCUAUGGUUUUUGAACCGUCGUCUCUACAAAGAGUACGAAGAGAAACGAGUCCUCGUUCAAAUCAUCUUCAGCGUCGUCUUUGCAUUCUCUUGCAAUCUUCUUCAGCUUGUCAUCUUCGAAAUCAUUCCCAUCCUCUCCAAAGAGGCAAGAGUGGUGAACUGGAAGAUUGACUUAUUCUGUUUGAUUCUAUUGUUGGUGUUUCUUCUGCCUUAUUAUCAUUGUUACUUGAUGCUUAAAAACAGCGGUUUCAGGACUCAAAGGGCUGCUCUUGGAGCUCUUUUGUUUUUGUUUGCUUUUCUUUAUGCUUUUUGGCGUAUGGGAAUUCACUUUCCCAUGCCAUCCCCUGAUAAUGGUUUCUUCACUAUGCCUCAACUCGUUAGUAGAAUUGGAGUCAUUGGUGUUACUGUCAUGUCUGUUCUAUCUGGUUUUGGUGCUGUAAACUUGCCAUACAGUUAUCUAUCACUUUUCAUUAGAGAGAUUGAAGAAACUGAGAUCAAGGCCUUGGAAAGACAAUUAAUGCAGUCAAUUGAGACUGCUAUAUCAAAGAAAAAGAAAAUUAUUCUCGGUCAAAUCGAGAUGGAGAGCAACCAAGGAUCUCAGGAGAGGUUAACUGCCAGAUCAUUUAUCAAACGUAUUGUUGGCACAGUUGUUCGAUCCGUGCAAGAAGACCAAAAAGAGCAAGAUAUCAAAGGCAUGGAAGCAGAGGUACUGGCUUUAGAAGAGCUUUCAAAGCAAUUGUUCUUGGAGAUCUAUGAGCUUCGUCAAGCAAAAGAAGCUGCUGCAUAUUCUCGCACUUGGAGAGGACAUAUGCAAAAUCUACUAGGUUAUGCUUGUUCUGUUUAUUGUGUGUAUAAAAUGAUCAAGUCAUUGCAAAGUGUUGUUUUCAAACAGGCUGGUUCAGUUGAUCCCGUGACAAGGAUGAUUAGUAUAUUCCUACAAUUUUUUGAUAUUGGAAUAAAUGCAGCCUUAUUAUCUCAGUAUAUUUCCUUGCUAUUCAUCGGAAUGUUGGUUGUGAUAUCAGUGCGUGGAUUCUUAACAAAUUUAAUGAAGUUCUUUUUCGCUGUUUCAAGAGUUGGAAGUGGAUCGUCUAGCAAUGUUGUUCUGUUUUUGUCUGAGAUAAUGGGAAUGUAUUUUCUAUCUUCUAUUCUUUUAAUCAGGAAAAGCUUAGCAACUGAUUACAGGAUUAUUAUUACAGAGGUAAUGGGUGGUGAUAUCCAAUUUGACUUUUAUCAUCGGUGGUUUGAUGCAAUUUUUGUGGCUAGUGCAUUCCUUUCUCUACUUUUACUAUCUGCUCAUUAUACAUCUCGCCAAAUCGACAAACAUCCCAUUGAUUGAAAUAUAUACUCUCUAUAUACAUGUAUAGUUUCUACUGCCACUGAAGUGAGUAGCUGAUUAAAAAUCCAUGCUGAAAAGAUUUCUCAUCAGUGAGGGUUGGAUAUUGUUUGUAAUGUCAACAUAUGCACAUACUGCCAAAUUCAUCAGAAUAUCCAUUUUGGGUUUAUCUUCUUUCGAAAGGGGAGACUUCCAAACAGAUAUUAUUGUUGGGUAACAUUGAAUGUAGAUUUGCUUUUGCACUUGGCCUGGGAUUGGUUCCAUAGGCAUAAAGGAACAUCAUACUUGGUGGUAAUUUUCGAUUAUCCUUAAUUGAAAUCCUAUCCAAUAUAUUUUGGUUGUUUGUCUUGAAUAGUUGUAAAUCAUCGGGUUAUUAUGGAGUAAUAUCUAUCAUAUACCCGCACUAUAAAAAGUACAUCAGCUAGUAGUAUCUGUAUUUUUCUUCAAUGUGAA